CGCGCCAUCUGCGCGCCAUCUAUAUCAUGGCGUCCGCAACACCAUUUGGCGUUUUGCCUCAGGCUGGGGCUGUUGCGCAAACAGUUGAGGAGAAGAUAAAUCCAACAGGCGACACCUACGCAAAAGAGACUGAAGGACAGUCCAGCGAGAAGACCGGUCACGAAUCUCUACUGGAUUCUGCAGAUGAAGAAGAAUUGAAGCCCCAAAUCCAUCAACUGGCGCGAGCUCUCACACACCACUCAGUGAAAAACGGGGAGGGAGACUACGUUAACCCCUUCGAAGAGACCAACAACCCAAUCCUUGAUCCUAGAUCUGACAGUUUCAACUACAGAUCAUGGAUGAAAACAGUUUUGGCUAUUCAUUCGCGGGACCCCGAAAAGUUCCCCAAAAGAGUUGCUGGAAUCGCCUACCGGAAUCUAAGUGCGCACGGAUUUGGUGAGGCCACUGAUUACCAGAAGACCUUUGGAAACUACCCUCUGGAAAUCCCGUCGCUCUUCAAGAAAAUCAUUGGCCGUAGGCAGCAGACCAAGAUCCAGAUCCUGAGGAAUUUCGAUGGGUUAAUCCGAAGUGGAGAGAUGUUGGUGGUGCUAGGCCGACCUGGAAGUGGUUGUUCAACUUUGCUGAAGACUAUUUCUGGAGAGACUGAUGGAUAUUUUAUCGAUGAGAAAUCGCAUAUCAAUUACCAAGGUAUCUCGGUCGAGCAAAUGCACAACGAUUUCAGAGGAGAGUGUAUCUACCAGGCGGAAACCGAUGUCCAUUUUCCUCAACUAACAGUCGGACAAACUCUGGAGUUUGCUGCGAAAGCUCGAGCUCCCCGGACCCGAAUUCCUGGCGUAACGAGAGAACAAUACGCCGCUCAUAUGCGCGAUGUGAUAAUGGCUGUGUUCGGUCUUAAUCACACACUCAAUACCAAGGUCGGAAACGAUUUCAUUCGUGGGGUAAGCGGAGGAGAGAGGAAGCGUGUCAGUAUCGCAGAGGCAGCUCUUGGGGGAAGUCCUCUGCAAUGCUGGGAUAACAGUACCAGAGGAUUGGACAGUGCCACUGCAUUGGAGUUUGUCAAGACUCUCAGACUGUCGACUGAUCUUGCUGGUUCGGCUGCAGUCGUUGCUAUUUACCAAGCCUCACAAAGCAUUUACGAUAUUUUUGACAAGGUUGCCGUCUUGUAUGAAGGCAGACAGAUCUAUUUCGGGGAUAUUCAUGCCGCCAAAAAGUACUUCCUGGACAUGGGCUUUGACUGUCCUCCACGACAAACAACAGGCGAUUUCUUGACCUCCAUUACAAGUCCAGCAGAGCGUGUCACACGACCAGGAUUUGAGGGCAAGACACCAUAUACCCCUGACGAGUUCGCUGCGGCCUGGUACAAAAGUGAUGAUAGGGCGAAGUUGAUGAGAGAUAUCGAAGAAUUUGACACCCUGUAUCCUAUCGGUGGCCCAAGUCUGGAGCUUUUCAAGGAAGGUCGUCGAGCCGCUCAAUCCAAAAACCAACGCAUCAAAUCACCAUACACGCUUUCAGUCGUUCAGCAGGUCAAGCUCUGCGUACAGCGCGGCUUCCAGAGACUUCAAGGCGAUAUGACACUGAUGCUGACCUCCUUCAUUGGAAACGCUGUAAUGGCUCUCAUCAUUGGCAGUGUAUUCUACAAUUUACCGAACGAGACUGCUUCUCUGUACAGCAAAGGGGCGCUACUAUUCUUCGCAAUUCUAAUGGCGGCUUUCCAGAGCGCUUUAGAGAUCUUGACGUUGUAUGCCCAGCGACCAAUUGUUGAAAAGCAAGCCAAAUACGCCUUCUACCAUCCAUUUGCUGAAGCUAUAGCCUCCAUGCUGUGUGACCUGCCAAAUAAAAUAGGCACGGCUACCUGCUUCAACCUUGCAUUGUACUUCAUGACCAAUCUUCGGAGAACACCAGAACACUUUUUUGUGUUCUAUCUAUUUGCCUUCAUGUGCACGCUUACCAUCAGCAUGUACUUUCGCUCGAUUGCUGCUAUGUCCAGGACUUUAUCUCAAGCAAUGGCUCCUGCAGCACUAUUCAUUCUCGCCCUGAUUAUCUACACUGGUUUCGCCAUCCCGACAAGAGAUAUGCAUCCUUGGUUCAGAUGGAUUAAUUGGUUGAACCCUGUCGCAUAUGCUUUCGAAGCUCUGAUGAUCAACGAGUUCCACAAGCUGAAGAUUCCGUGCUCUCCUGCGAUGUUCGUCCCAGCUGGUUUAGGAUACGAAAAUAUUACGCCUGAACAAAGGAUCUGUUCGACUACCGGGGCCGCAGCUGGUGCAGAUUUUGUGGAUGGAGAUACGUAUUUGAUGGUUAACUUCAAAUAUGAGCGUGCUCAUCUCUGGAGAAACCUCGGUGUUAUGUUCGCACUAAUGGCCUUUGGAUGCGCAGUCUACCUCAUCUGCACUGAGUACAUUUCCGCCAAGAAAAGCAAGGGUGAAGUCCUGCUCUUCAGACGUGGCAGAGUACCAGACCUCGGAUCCAAAAAGCCUGAUGAAGAAGCUAAUGUUGAUGAUCGCGUUAAUACUGAAGCUGUACUUGCUAGAGAGAAGACUGUGCUUGAUGCACCUCCCUCCAUUCAAAAGCAGACGGCAGUGUUUCACUGGGACAGUGUCAACUAUGAUAUCAAGAUCAAGAAGGAGGAUCGUAGGCUCUUGGAUGACGUUGACGGAUGGGUGAUACCUGGUACUCUCACAGCACUUAUGGGUGUUUCCGGUGCCGGUAAAACAACGCUUCUCGACGUCCUCGCAAGCCGUGUCACUAUGGGUGUAGUUUCUGGCCAGAUGCUCGUUGAUGGCCGAGAAAGGGACACUGGCUUCCAGAGAAAGACAGGAUACGUUCAGCAGCAGGAUCUCCAUUUGGCCACUUCAACCGUCAGAGAAGCCUUAACUUUCAGUGCAGUUCUUCGCCAGUCAAAGACCAUCCCCCAUGCCGAGAAACUUGCAUAUGUAGACGAAGUCAUCAAGGUCCUGGAGAUGGAAGCGUAUGCUGAUGCGGUCGUCGGUGUCCCUGGUGAAGGUCUCAAUGUUGAACAACGUAAAAGACUCACCAUCGGGGUUGAACUUGCUGCUAAGCCGGCUCUUCUUCUAUUCCUCGACGAACCUACUUCCGGUCUGGACUCUCAAACCGCAUGGUCGAUUCUCGCACUCCUCCGUAAGCUCGCAGAUAAUGGACAGGCUAUUCUCUGCACAAUCCACCAGCCUUCCGCUAUUCUCUUUCAGGAGUUCGAUCGUCUCUUGUUUCUUGCACGUGGUGGAAAGACUGUCUACUUCGGUGAUGUGGGAAAGGAUUCGCGCACUUUAACCGAGUACUUUGAGAGGAAUGGAUCAGCUAAAUUUGGACCGGAUGAUAACCCUGCUGAAAAGAUGCUCGAGGUCAUUGGAGCAGCUCCUGGGUCAACCACUGAUAUCGACUGGCCUGAAGUCUGGAAACAUUCUCCAGAACGACAAGCCGUGAAGGCAGAACUUGCUCGUAUGAAAGAAACACUCAGUCAGAAGCCGGUUUCUGAGGACCCACAUGCAUUGGAUCAAUUCGCCGCUCCACCAAGUGUACAGCUCAUGGCUGUCCUUCUCCGUGUCUUCCAGCAAUACUGGAGAACGCCUUCGUACCUUUACUCGAAGACUGCUCUCUGUACAUCAGUAGGUCUCUUCAUUGGUUUCUCUUUCUGGGACGCACCCACCUCCUUGCAAGGUCUCCAAAACCAGCUCUUCGCAAUCUUCAUGCUCCUCACAGUCUUCGGCAAUCUCUCCCAGCAAAUCAUGCCUCAUUUCGUAACUCAACGCUCACUCUACGAGUCCCGUGAACGACCAUCAAAAACCUACUCUUGGGUAGUCUUCAUUCUGUCCAACCUUAUCGUCGAGAUGCCGUGGAACACCCUCGGGGGUAUUAUUCUGUACUUUACCUGGUACUACCCUAUCGGUUUGUACCGGAAUGCUCAGCCUACAGAUGCGGUUACCGAGCGUGGAGGACUGAUGUUCUUAUUCUUGUGGAGUUUCGUCAUGUUUGCUGGGACGUUCACACAUCUUGUUGUGGCUGGUAUUGAGACCGCGGAGACGGCUGGUAACGUGGGCAAUCUGCUGUUCUCGCUGUGUUUGAUUUUCAAUGGCGUCCUCGCCUCCCCCGACGCCCUCCCGCGCUUCUGGAUAUUCAUGUACCGCGUCAGCCCUUUCACCUACCUCGUAUCCGGCAUGCUCUCCACCGGCCUCGCCAAUACCAACGUGGUCUGCUCCUCCAUCGAAUAUCUCCACAUCAACCCGCCUUCCAACCUCACGUGCGGCGAGUACCUCAACCCGUACACAUCCGCCGCGGGUGGUUACGUGCUCAACGAGGGUGAUAGCACGGAUUGCAGUUUCUGCAGCGUGAAGUACACGAAUGUGUUUUUGAAGAGUGUGAAUGCGAAUUAUGCGGACCGGUGGAGGAAUUUUGGGAUCUUGUGGAUGUUUAUUGUGGUUAAUUGUUUUGGUGCUGUUGGGUUGUAUUGGUUGGCGAGAGUGCCGAAGGGGAAGAGGAAGGUGAAGAAGGAGUAGUGGGUUUGCCCUUGUUGUUUUGUGCUUUAAAUAGGAUACCUUUUCGCGAUGGUGGGACGUUCGAUAUGGAAAUUCUUCGUUCAUUUUCUUUCUUGUGUAUAGUACGAGUAGAGAUAUAGACGGGUGCAGUAGCCCGAACCAGGUGGAGGCGCAUUUGCCAGAAAACAUGAGGCAUUUAGACACUAAACCAUAGAGGACACGUUAAGCAGAUAACUCAUCUCACCCUUCACAAAUAGAAGCAUCAGUCAU